AUGUAUGGAGAUUCGGGUAUCAAGCUGGUUCAACACGCCAAGAGAACGCAGAAUCUGGCUCAUCUGCCUCCAUAUCAGACUGAGCUUGUUCGAGCAGUGACCAGAGAAGUCAGAGAUCUCAACAAGGAUGUCGAUGAUCUUCUCGAGCCUUUCCAAGGCUCAUUCGACCCGUCAGAAGAUCAGGCAGUCGCAUAUACGUUGCUCGUGAAUCACAUCUCAAUGCGCAGAAACAAGCGAUGUUUAUUAGCGUAUCACAGAACUCGCACUGAUAAAUUGGAAGAGCUCGUCUGGAAUGGCGCUGAUGUGGUUGAUCUGUCUGGCCAACAAGUACGAGAUGGUUCGUCUAGGAAUAGCACAGGAUUGACGAGCGGUGAUGGAUCUACGAGCAGCCUUAGCCCACAGGAAGAGGACUAUGUGAGGCAGUACGGCGAUUUGCUGGCAGCAUACAAGGGCCAAUGGACAGACAUUGACCUCACUGGCAGCCUGGAGCCGCCACGGGACCUGUUCAUCGACGUUCGUGUUCUCAAGGAUGCGGGAGAAAUUCAAACAGAAUACGGCGCAAUUACUUUGACAAAGAACAGCCAGUUCUACGUUCGACAGGGAGACGUGGAGCGACUUAUUGCCCAAGGAUAUCUGCAGAAGCUUAGCUGA